AUGUCAUUUUUCCAACCUGUUGAGUUGAUACGGAAAAGAAAAAAAAUAAAUGAAACAAACGAUUAUUUAUUUGAUUUUAAAAUUCUAAAAACAAGAGAUGAAAAUGCUAGUAUUAAAUCAAUUAGCAUUUGCAGCAAAUACGUAGCUAUUAGUUACAACAAUACAAUUAUAUUAAAUAAUAUAAAAGGAGAAAGUUUAGAUAAAAAAUAUCAGUGCAAAGAAAAUGUAAGUAAAUUAAAAUUUCGAGAUGAUAAGAUGCUAGGUGUUGGAUUAGAAAAUGGUGAUAUAGAAUUAAUAGGAAUGUUUUGUUUUGAUAGAAUAAAAAAAUUAGAAGGACAUAAAUCAACAAUUAACGAUUUAAUUUUUAGUGCAAAUUUUCAAAACUUAUAUUCAUGUUCUCGAGAUUUCACUAUAAAAAUAUGGAAUAUAUGGAAAGGAAUAUGUGAAUAUUCAUUAGAUUAUCAUAUUGAUAAUGUUACUAGUAUUUGCUUAUAUAAUUUUGAUAAUAAUAUUAAUUAUUUAAUUAGUUCAAGUUACGAUGGUUAUGUUUAUUUAUAUGAUUUAAGUUUAAACAAAUGUUUAAAUAAAUUAGAAUUAAUUGAACCUGUAGAUUAUUUAUAUAUUUUUAAAAAUGAAUAUUUAGUUUUAUCAAUUAAAAAUAUAAUAAAGAUAUAUAAUUUAGAAAAUCUUGAAUUUAUUAAAGAUAUUAUUGUUUCCACCAAAACCAUCUUUUAUAUAAAUAUUUUCAAAAAUUUUCUUGUGGCAGCAAGUUUAGAUAAAUCUAUAUAUUUUAUUGAUCCAUUUCAUAAAAACCUACAAAAUAUAAAAAUUGUAAGCAUAGCUAAUUUUAUUAAAUCUCCCAAGUCUAUUGAUGUUUUUAAUGAUAUAUUAGUAUUAGGAGAGCUGGAGGGAUCAUGGUUUAUUGAAGUUUAUAAUGAGAAAGAAAAAAACAAGAAAGCAAAAAAUCAACACAAUAACUCUAUAAAUAAUUUUGAAAUGGAAAGAUAUGUUUAUACUGAUAAUAAAAUAAACAAUUUAGUUAAAAAAUUCAAAUAUAGAGAUGCCUUAAUGAAUAUAAUAAAUAACGACCCUCAAAGUACUUUGUCUUUAUUGGAUUAUUUUUCAAAACACAAAGUUUUAGUUGCUGCAUGUAGAACAUAUUCAAUACAAGAAGCAUUAAAAAUUUUAACGUUUUUCAGAAAAAAAUUUGUAAUUGAUAUUCUAAUGUUUGAAUUUUUUUUUUCAUUUUUUAGUGCUAAUAAAUGGAUAAUAACCACAAAAAACACCAAAGUUUUAGAAGAAUUACAACUAUUAAAAAGAGAAUUUGAAAAUGUAAAAAAUAGUAUGAAAUAUUAUCACAGUUUAAAAGAAAUUGCAGACAAUCUUAAGAAAUGA